CCGGAAGUUGCCGGGCCAGCUCGGGAGCGAGGGGGGUGGGGGAGGAGGGAAACCAGCUAGGCAUGGCGGCCCAAAUACCAAUUGUGGCCGCCUCAUCCACCCCGGGAAUCGCCCGGAACAGCAAGAAGAGGCCAGCCAGCCCUUCUCACAACGGCAGCGGUUCCGGGCUCUACAGCGCCAGUAAGAAGAAGAAAGUGUCCGCCUCCGGCUUGCCCCAGGGUAUCAGCAUGGAAGCCAUGAGUGAGAACAAAAUGGUGUCCUCUGAUUUUGGCACAGGACCAGUGGAAAAAGCUGCAAAACCGUUGCCAUUUAAGGACCCCAACUUUGUGCACUCUGGCCAUGGUGGUGCAGUAGCUGGCAAGAAGAAUAGAACCUGGAAGAACCUGAAACAAAUCCUUGCUUCUGAAAGGGCAUUGCCAUGGCAACUGAACGAUCCUAACUACUUUAGUAUUGAUGCACCGCCAUCCUUUAAACCAGCCAAGAAGUAUUCUGAUGUUUCAGGUCUCCUUGCCAACUAUACCGACCCCCAGAGCAAGCUGCGGUUCAGCACCAUUGAAGAGUUUUCCUAUAUUCGGAGGCUGCCAUCGGACGUCGUCACUGGCUACCUGGCCCUGAGAAAAGCCACAAGCAUCGUUCCCUGAACCUUAAGAAAUGGAGAUGACGUGGGAAACUGUUUCAAAGGCAGAUUUUGGACUCAUGAUUUUGUUUCAUGGAAACAAAGUCAUUCUGCUGUCAAUCUGGAAAUGUCAGUGCUGUGCCUUGGAAAGAAUGUUUGGCUUUAAUUUAAGGGCUGUGUGUUUUUCUUUUCUUUUCUUUUCUUUUUUUUAAUUCCUUCUGUGUUUUCCUUCCAAGUGUGAUAUUUCCUGUUGAAUUAAAUUAUGUUUCAUUUGUUGCCUCAA